GUCUCGUGUCUCGUGUCGACACGCGAGUCUCGCCGUCAUCGGGGGAGUAUUUUUGCUGAGCUGGGGUCCCUCUUGUUUACAUCCGAAGGAUUCGCGAAUCGCGUGCCGACCGUCUCAGCUGUACUCCCUUUGUCUCCUAUCCCGCUUUCGUCACGAUUCGUUCUCAUUCAAACGUCGCAGAGAUCUCCGAAAUUUUCCCGUCAAUCACAUAUACGAGGCGGUGGCGAACGCUUGUCGCGCUCAUUCGUUCUCAGAAUUCGUCGCGAUCGCACGGAGCAAGUAUGAAGGUGACCGUAACGACGCUCAGUGAUGACAGCGUUUUCGUUCUGGACGUGAGCGAGGAACUGGAGCUGGAAAAUUUCAAGGCAUUCUGCGAGAUCGAGAGCGGCGUGCCGGCCCACGAGAUCGUGAUCGCGUUCAACGGCCUGCCACUUAUGGACGAUAAGAAGUCUCUGCGCGAUCACGGUAUCCGUGACGGCGAUGCCGUUAUCCUACAGCAUAUGCAUCAAAGUGGCAGUGAUUUGCAAUCCUUCAACAGAGCCAUUCCAUUACUGGACUUCAGUUCCAUCAGAGUUCCCGAGAUCAGCAACACGCGUCCACAGCCGAUCGCGAAUAUACAAAAUCCUCGCGGCGAGGACGAUCCAGCAUUGAUAAGAAAUAUGUUCCUGGCUAAUCCAGAUCAGCUGGCGUUGUUGAAGCAGAAUAAUCCCAGAUUAGCCGACGCUUUGUUGUCGGGAAAUCUCGAUAGAUUUUCGACUGUACUCAGUGAGCAGAUAGCCGCUCGAGAUGAACGGCAAGCACAACGGCUGAGAAUGAUGAACGCGGAUCCGUUUGACACAGAAGCACAAAGGCUGAUUGCUGAAGAGAUCAGGCAAAAGAAUAUUGAGGCAAAUAUGGAGGCGGCGAUGGAAUACAAUCCGGAAACUUUUGGCACUGUCGUUAUGUUGUAUAUUAAUUGUAAAGUCAACGGAUUUCCAGUUAAAGCAUUUAUUGAUUCAGGUGCUCAAACUACUAUUAUGUCCGCUGCCUGUGCCGAGAGAUGUCAUAUUAUGCGUCUGGUGGACACAAGAUGGGCUGGGGUCGCCAAGGGUGUCGGAGUUCAACGUAUAAUCGGUCGUAUACACAUGGUACAAAUACAAAUUGGCAAUGAUCAUCUUACGACGUCGUUCAGCGUCCUCGAGGAACAACCUAUGGAUAUGUUACUGGGCUUGGACAUGCUCAAGAGACAUCAGUGUUGCAUAGACCUAAAGAAAAAUGUCCUGAAGAUUGGUACUACGGGCACUGAAACUCCAUUUUUGGCAGAAGGUGAUUUACCUGAAUGUGCAAGAUUAAGCGGGAAUAGCGAGGAAUCUUUAGAUGAUAGGGAUCUUCAACGAGCUCUCGAAGACAGUUCGAGAGACGCGAAGAAGCAGAGGCAGCAGCAUGAUGGGCAAGGGAGUAGUAAUCAAGGCUCAUUAAAUAGACCGGCCGCCUUAGAAACGACGGUUUAUCCACACGAUCCAUUCACGGAAGCCACUGUCAAGGAACUAGAGGCUCUGGGUUUUACCAGGGCGCAAGUUAUUGCUGAACUGCGUAGAUUUAGCGGUGACAAAACACAGGCUACAGCCGCAUUAUUUGCAAAAUCUUUGAAAUUCUGAAUAUCGAAAAUUAUCGCACGCGAUUCGAAUAUGAAAAUUGUUAGUUAGAGACAGAGAUAGCGAAAUUGUGAAUAUAUUACAUGCAAUAUAAAUGGAGGGGACCUACAAUGUUCAAAGCAAUUUCUAAGUAUCGUCUAGCAAUCUAGCGUCAAUAGAGAGUUUGAUAUACAGUGGAUUAUAAUGAUAUUGAAGAAUUUUUAUAGCUUGAUAACGAACUGAAAAACAUUGCAAGCAAAAACGUGCGAAUCCAAAAUCCUAUGGCUACGUAAAGUAAAAUUAUAUAAGCGAUUCACAGUCGCAAGAGCUGAAAGAAGUUUUCCGAAACAUACAACUGUACACAGUUUCUUAUACAUGCAUUUGGCGCCUAAGUGACUUGCGCAUUAUUUACAAUUAGUGUAGUAAAAUUGAUUAUAUAUAUAUAUAUAUAUAUAUAUAUAUAUAUAUAUAUAUAUAUAUACAUACAUACAUACAUACAUACAUAUAAAUAUAAAAGAGAUAUCAAAUUGUUAUGACCUAAUACUUGAUAUUGAUAUAAUUAAUUGCAAUAUACGUAAAUUUGCAAUACGCGAUUAUUAUUGGAUAUAUUGGAUAUUAGGAUGUUAUGGUCUUAAGUGCAACAUGUGUAUACCACCUGGUGGAAAGAUAUAAUGCGCGAUAAGAGUUUUCUAAGGAUUGCAAUAUAUAUAUAUAUAUAUAUAUAUAUAUAUAUAUAUAUAUAUUUCGCGAUAUACUUUGUAAUAUUCUGUUUAAAUGGUAAAUAUGGACAAAAUGUAUAUAUCUAGUAUUAGUAAGACUCUAGAUAAAUCGAGCAUGAAAUGUGUGAGAGAAUUCUUGCGUGAGAAUUUUAUGCUGUUUGAUAAUAUUUCAAGGACUCGAAUUUGAUGUUGGAUGCGGCUCAAACUCAGUUCCUCAUUGUUUACUGAAGAAAUAUCGGCUGUACGUAUACAAAAUGAUAAUCACAAGUGAAUAGAAAGGUUUUCCAUUUUUUUACAUAAUAUUGUUACAAUAGGAAUUACGAAAAAGUGAAAAGUCUACGCAUAGGCGUGCGCAUCAAUUUUACAGACAAUAUCGAUUUUAUAUUACUAUUUUUCUUUUGACAUUGUAUUUGGUAUAUUAUUGUGUUAUUUCCUUGCCACUUAUAUAUAAAAAUGUAACGAAUUA